UUCUGCUUCUCCAAGAGGAACAUAGGUUAAUUUUAAACUUUAUAGAAUCAUGGAGAAAGGGAGAGGGAAGGAGAAAACAACCACAAAUCACAAAAUCAUCAGAGUAUGUAAAAGCUAACUAUGCAAGGCAUGCAAAAACAAUGCUACAAUACCCGGGACGCUAGGCCCCUACAAUCUCUUUCCUGUGCUGCCCCUUACAGGACCUUUGCCUUGGUGCAGUGGGGUACGUAGCACCCAUGUCCCACUCUGUGUCCAUAGGUCCAGGAUACUGUGACUCACCCCCCAUCUCGUUGCCCCCCAGGUCCAUGGCCAUGGCACUGGCAAUGCUGUGGGACUGGUGCAGGUGGAUGGGUGCGAAUGCACAACGCUCGCUGCUUCUCUUGGGCAUCCCGGAAGACUGCGAGGAGGAUGAGUUCCAAGAGGCUGUGCGGGCUGCCCUGAUGCCCCUGGGCAUGUACCGAGUUCUGGGCAAGAUCUUCAGAAAGGAGCUGGGAACCAAGGUUGCCUUGGUCGAAUUUGCUGAGUACAUAAACCGCAGCUUGAUCCCCCAACAGAUACCAGGCAAAGGGGGGCCCUGGAGGGUGAUUUGCCUGCCCCAGGUCCCUCAUGUUGAGUUACAGGAGAGACUCACUUUCCCUGUACAGCCCCAGGGGCAGGAAUCAGCUGGCGGGGCAUGUGAGGGAGGAGCAGAGAAUGUGGCAGGAGCUGCAGGUGUGCCAGGAGCCACAGGUGAGGCAAGAGUGGAGAAUGUGGCAGGAGCUGCAGUUGAGGAAGGAGUGGAGAAUGUGGCAGGAGAUGGUGAGGCAGGAAUGGAGAUUGUGGCAGGAUCCCCAUGUGAGGCAGGAGUGGACAGUGUGGCAAGAGCUGCAGGUGAAGAAGGAGUUGCAGGAUUGGACAAUGUGGCAGAAGCUGGAUGUGUGCAAGGAGCUGUAGGUGAGGCAGGAGUGGACAAUGUGGCAGAAGCUGCAGGUGAGAUGGAAGUAGUCAAUGGGGCAGAAGUGGCAGGUGUGGCAGAAGCUGCAGGUGAGAUGGGAGUAGUCAAUGUGGCAGAAGUGGCAGGUGUGGCAGGAGCUGCAGGUGAGGCAGGAGCCCCAGGUGAGGAAGAAGCUGCUGGUGAGGCAGGAUCUGAGAAUGUGGCAGAAGCUGCAGGCGAGGCAGGACUUGGGAAUGUGGGAGAAGCUGCACGUGAUGUAGGAGCUGCAGGUGAUGGAGGACCCCCAGGCGAGGCAGGAGAUAUUGGUGGGGUAGGGGCUGCAGGUGAUGCAGGAAUAGCAGAUGAGGCAGGACCUGCAAUUGAGGCUGAAGUUGCAGGUGAGGCAGGAGCCGCAGGUGAAGAAGUCCUAGGUGAGGCAGGAGCCCCAGAUGAGGCAGAAGUUGAGAAUGUGGCAGAAGCUGCACAUGAUGUAGGAGCCGCAGGUGAUGUAGGACCCUCAGGUAAUGCAGGAGCUGCUGGUGAGGUAGGAGCUGCAGGUGAUGCAGGACCUGCAGGUGAGGCAGGAGUUGAAGUUGAGGCAGAAGAUGCAGAUGAGGCAGAAGCUGCAGGUGAGGCAGGAGUUGAGGAUGUGGCAGAAGCUCCAGGUGAGGCAGGAGCUGCAGGUGAGGUAGAAGCUCUAGGUGAGGCAGGAGCCCCAGGUGAGGCAGGAGAUGCAGGUGUGGCAGGAGCACCAGGUGUGGCAGGAUAUGAGAUUGUGGCAGGAGCUGCAGGUGAUGCAGGAGGUGCAGGUGAGGCUUGAGGUGCAGGUGAGGUGGGAGUUUCAGAUGAAGCAGGAGGCACAGGUAAUGCAGGAUAUGAAAAUAUGGUAGGAACAGUAGGUAUGGUAGCAGCCCUGGGUGAGGGAGGAGGUGCUGACGAGGCUGACGCCUGGGUGCAGCAGCGGAGGCACACCCUAGAGCCCAUGUUGGAGAGCCUGGUCUACCAGAAACAGAGACUUUUUGGGGGGUGAGAUGAGCCAGGCCCUGGGAAAGAGCCCUUUGAGUGCCGGCUGGACCACACCUACGGCAUGCUGUGCCUGUGGUCUCAUGUUGGAGAGGAAGGAGGCUGGUGGAGUGCCUGAGCAGCCCAGCCCCUGGACCUUUUGUGUGGCUUUCUGGCAGAAGACUUUGGCCUCCCAGCACAGAACUGCUUGGCCAUGUUGGUGUAGGUAUUUGGGACCCAGGACACACGCAUGACAGCAUGGCUCAAGUUUGUUACCUGCACCCAAGAGUGUGGGGAGAGCCUUUUUGCCUAGGUGAUGUGCUAGGAAGGCCUGCUUCAGACAGCCAUGGAGAAGGGUGUGGUGCACCGGGCCAUCACAGGCCAGUUUUGUGUGCAGCGGGUGCUGACGUGAGCUCACCCUAAUCACAUGCUGUACAACCAGCUGCGGAGGAUGCCCAUGGAGGGGAGGCUUCUUGGCUUAAUGGUGCUGCUACAGCUCGUUUCGGAGACUGAGGCAUGGGAGGCUGUCCAGGCCAGGAGGAAGCCAUGCCAGGAGAAGGAAGGGGCCCAUGCAGCUGGUGGACCCUCAGCUAUCAUCUAGGCUGCCCUAGGCAAUGAAGAGGCCUUCAAGGAGGCAUCAACUAGUGAAGAUGCCACCCCAGCCAGUGACAAGGUCAUCUCAGCUAAUGAAGAUGCCACCAAGACCACUCUAGCCAACGAAGACAUUGCUGAGGCUGUCCCAGCGAAUGAAGAUGCUGGCCAGGCCAUCCCAGCCAGUGAAGGUGCCGCCG